AUGAAUUUUCUGCAAGGUUACGGAAGUGAUGAAGAUCAUCAAGUGGAGACAAAGACAACAGCCACCACCACCAAAUCUUCAUCCGCUGUGAAAAAUGUAAAUCUAACAUCAUCAGAACUAUCAUCAAUAACGGCAGCACCAAAUGUCGCCCUUCCCGAAUCAAAACAAUACAUUGUUCCGAAAGAUGCCACCGCUCUCGUUUUUAAUCCAAAAUAUAACGAAUUAUAUGCUCCUCGGGUAGGACCUAAAAAUCCAUUUCCAACCAGCCAUACAAAGUUUGAUUCUGGAUUUAUAUUGAAUGGAGAGAUUGAUCAGCAUAAUAUGAAUUCAUAUUUAUUUAAUAGUCAAUAUUAUAAUUAUGAUGUUUCAAGGAAGGCUCAUUUACUUCCUGGAGGAAUUGAUCCCGAGCAAGUGCAAGCAUUGGGAAGUAAUGACACAGAUGCUGGAGCAAAGAAAAAGAGAAAACGAAAACCAAAGAAGGAUGGAAAUUCAUCCAUCAAUGAGGCACAAGAUGAAAACUUUGUCGUCGUAAAUGAGAAUGAUGACGCUGAUGUGAUUGCCGGAUUUGAUCAAGAUGCAUUCAUUCAAGAGGAUGAAAAUGAGAAUGAACAUGAAAAAUUACUUGCUCAACUCAGAGCUCAACAUGAAGAACAAUUAGCGAAGAGAAAGGAAAAGCUAGAAAAUGCAGCUAAAGAAAAACAACAACAAGAGAGUGAAACAGGAAAUAAGAAGAGGAAAAAAGAAGUGGAGGGCACCUUGCCAGAAAUUGAAUUCAAUCCGGACAUUGAAAAAAAGAUCACUACAGAAGGAAAAGAUGGAUACAGUAUUUAUCAUUUACCUCGUGACAUGGAUUAUCAGGGAAGAACAUUUGUUGUUCCUCCUUCACACAUCAAGGAAUGUGACUACACUGAAAAGAGAGCUGUACUUCCAAAGAAGCUUAUUCAUACUUACACGGGUCACAUGCCUGAUAAGAUGGUCACCUCGAUCGAAUUCUUUCCUAAAUAUGGACAUUUGUUGUUGAGUGCAUCGAUGGACUCUACUAUAAAGAUUUGGGACGUACUAGGACAUCGAAAUUGUAUAAUGACCUAUGUGGGUCAUACAAAGGCCGUACGUGCCAUUUCCUUCUCCUCAGAUGGAUCUAAAUUUGCAAGUUGUGCCUACGACAAGAGAGUCAACAUUUGGGAUACAGAGACUGGAAAAAUUUUACACACACUGACGUCUGGUUCCACUCCGUACUGUGUCAAAUGGAAUCCUCUCGAACACAAACAGCAUGAAAUUCUUGUAGGAUACUCAGGUAGUAGAAUUUUACAAUGGGAUACUAGGUCAGGAAGAAUUGUUCACAAAUACGAGAGACAUACAGGUUCUGUGAACUCUCUUUGUUUUGUAGAUGGUGGUAAAAAGUUUGUUUCCAGUAGUGACGACAAGUCUCUCAGAUUAUGGGAAUACGGAAUUCCAGCAGAAAUUAAGAAAUUGGCAGAUCCAGAACAACAUUCAAUGCCAGUGAUUGAGUGUCAUCCAAAUUCCAAGUGGAUAGUUGCUCAAUCUCUCAACAAUCAAAUUUUAACCUUUGAAGCACAAACUAGGCUCAAACAACAACAAAACAAAAUAUUUAAGGGUCAUCAAAUCGCAGGAUAUGCAUGUCAAGUGGGUUUUUCGAAUGAUGGCAAGUUUGUAUUCAGUGGAGACUACACUGGUAAUGUGUGGUUUUGGGAUUGGAAAGACGCAAAACAAAUUAAGAAGAUGCAAUGUCAUGAAGGAAUUUGUAUUGGUUGUGUGUGGCAUCCUGUGGAUCGCUCUCUAUUUGCGACGUGUGGGAGUGACAGCACUGUCAAACUCUUUCAAUAA